AUGUGCCCGCGGGCGCUGCCCCGCACCCCCCGCCCGUCCCGAAGCCGACCCCGCUGCUGCGUUGCCAAAAAACCGACCAAACACGACAAAAACACCCCAAAAACGCCAGGAAGGGGCAGCAGCAGCAGCGCGGUGCGUGACACGCGGCCCCAGGAGAAAGAGCCACCCCCGGACUGUCCCCUGGACAGCCAGCAGCUGGGCCGCAGCACCUGGGCCUUCCUGCACACCAUGGCCGCCUACUACCCCGACCGCCCCACCGGCGCCCAGCAGCGGGAGAUGAGGGACUUCAUCAACCUCUUCUCCAAGUUCUACCCCUGCGAGCACUGCGCCGAGGAUCUGAGGGAAAGAUUGCGUACAAAUCAGCCUGACACUAGCAACAGAAAUAACUUCUCCCAGUGGCUGUGUCUUCUUCAUAAUGAAGUGAACAGGAAACUGGGGAAAUCGGAAUUUGACUGCUCGCGGGUGGACGAGCGCUGGCGGGAUGGUUGGAAGGAUGGUAGUUGUGGUUAA